ACACGGAUUGAAAUUUCCCGCUAUCGGCCAUACUGCUGUCAGUUCUGCUAUCUCGCUCGAAAGCAUUUCUUAUCUCUCUCACGGUGGACUGUGAACGUAUUUGUACGUACAUGUCGCGUGACUACAGUAUUCGUACCGGUAGAGGUUAAAAACGCUUUAACGUACUUAAUGUUUCUCGUUUUACAUUAUUAUUCGCACUUGUACAUAAAUUUCCGAAACAGCAUGCGAUGACGACUCUCAGCUACGUUCGAAGAUCUGGCAGAAUUCUACAGCGAUUACAAACAUAUAAGCACAAUGCUUGCAAUCUUCGAGUAUUCUUGCGGAGCGAGUCGAGCUUUGUACCGAAGCGGGUGCUUAUCGUGAAAAAAUUGUCGCGAUAUCAUUUCGAAAAACUGCGAGAACCAGAUUUGAAUGAGGAGCAGUUAAAAAUGAAGUUGCAGGAAAGAGGAUCUGAUUAUGAACUAAUGAUGGCUAGUCAUAUUGCAACCAUAGCUGUGAAAGAUGAAGUAAUUAAAUAUCUGAAAAAAAUGAAUAUAGAGUACAGAGUAAUAAACAGGGCAAAUCUUGAUAUCGCGAAUUUUGAUUGGGCCGAUUUGGUUCUUCCGAUCGGCGGUGAUGGCACGUUCUUAUUAGCAUCAAAUUUAAUAUUCGAUAACAAAAAACCUAUAAUAGGUAUUAAUUCAUUUCCGGAAAGAUCCGAAGGUUUUCUACUAUUACCACCAAAAUACACCAAAAGAAUACCCGAAAUUUUUGAAAUGUUAAAGGCCGGCCAUUAUAAUGUAUUAAUGAGACGAAGAAUUCGGACGACUAUUAUAGGUGAUGAUAUUUGGAACCCACCUUUUCACGCGCACGAAAAAGGUCGUGUUACAGGUUGCGAAAAAUUUUAUACGGAGGCCGUAAAGAAAGGCGCACCUAAUUUACCUAAGGAAAGACGUUUACCUUGGUUAGCGUUGAACGAAGUUUUUAUAGCGGAGAUACUAUCGGCUAGAACAAGUGCUCUGCUCAUAAAGGUAGAUGACGAACCCGACUAUCGUCUCGUGAAAAGCUCUGGGAUAUGCGUAAGCACAGGAACAGGAUCGACAUCUUGGUACAAAUCUAUAAAUAGCGUUAAUCCACAAAUAGUACACGAGAUACUGAAUCUUGUAAACAAAAAGGGACAAUUCAGCAAUGAGGAAAUUGACAAAAUUUGUUCUACCUUUAACGAAAGUUUACAAGUUAAUGCUGACGAAUUGAAAAUAUGUUAUUCUAUAAGAGAUAUGAUAGUAACCAAUAUAUGGCCAGUACCAAAGACAAUGCAAACCCGUGGGUUCUGUAAUAAAUUAAUAGUAAGAUCACAGUGUUAUGAUGCCGGUUUAGUUGUGGACGGCGGUAUAGCCGUACCGUUUAACUUUGGAACUACAGCAGUAUUGGAAACUCAUCCUGAAGAUUCCUUACGAUCAUUCACUCUUCCAGCUUGAUACUACCAGUGGAGCAAUUAAUUAUUAAUACUUUUUUACCUCACAUUUACUUGAAACUUUAAAAGGGCAUAAUUUAAUGUUUGCAUUUACUUCAGUUUAAAGAUUACUAUAAUUUUAUUGCGGUCGAUGCGCUACUGUACAAGAUGUAUUAAAAUAUGUUAUCUGAAGUGGAAAUAACAGAAUCUGUAUAAUAGUUUUGUAUAAUAUAAAUGAAAUAUGAUAAUAUAUUCUACCAA